AAACAAAAGGUAUAUAAAGAGAAAUUGCCAUUAAAUUGGCGCUGCCUUCUUGAAUCUUGAAUUCAUUUAGACAACCAUUUGACUUUGAGCCAUUAAUGCUCGACUCAAAUUAUCUAUAGAUUCUAACUUGCUGGAACUCGGGUUCGUGCCGCUUACCUAUCGGACAGUUGUACUUGUCGCCAUUUGCCCUGUGCUCGGUUUAUCUUGAUGCAAUAAUAUCUUAACUGAUUGAGCUCAACAUUCCGGCUGGGUAUUAUCGCCACAGACACUGCGGUAGAUCAACGGUGAACCUCUGAUCUCUCCAGACUAACUUGAAUCUCGCAAUUUAAGUGAACCACCGAUCUCUCAUAGGAGGAGUCGAUACCGAAACUAAAUUCUCAGAACUCUGACCGAUUGAAACUCUGCUCCUGAUCUCGUGGGUCUCCCCAUCAUCUCUCAAAGUAGAAGUUACUACUUACAGCCUUGGGCACAUCUGCUUCACAGCCAACAUUGGUGGAUAUAAUAUGCUGCGCAGAAAGCCCACCCGUCUGGAAUUGAAGUUGGAUGACACUGAGGAGUUUGAGUGUGUCAAGAAAGAGCUUGAGAUUCGGAAAAAACAGAGCGAUGAAGUGGAUGUUGUUGGUGUGGCUAUGUUUAGUAAUAUGGUGGGGGCCAGCGGUGGAACAGGGGAUGGGAAGACACGGGAACAGAUGAUCAACGAGAGAAGCUACAAACCCCAUCCUAAACCCAACACCUUGCCCUCACUCUUUGGAAACAUGCAGUUUUAGGUUCCUAAUAGGCACAUUGACAAGACCGCUCAAACCAGUGUUGGUGUGUGGAUGGCACAGUAACAAUGCUAUUGACAUGGUCAGGGAUACUUGUGUGCUUGCCGGAGGUCAGAAUUCUCUUCACAAAGAAAUGUGUAGUUUGAGGAUCAUGUUUUGCUUAUAACACACAUCUUCUAAAGUAAUGUUGUUGCAUUUACCUGAAAUGUUAUGACUUGCGAUGCAAAGCGUGUGGCCUUUCGUACAAUAUGUAUCAUUGGAGCUGUUGUAGUGGUUUCCCUCUAUUACAAAAAUCCAGACUUGGUCGUCCCAGGAAGGUGAAGGUAGCAUCUUUGGGGCAAAAUGGAAUGGACUUGAUAACUAAUCAGUUAUUACUUAGAAUGGUAUGAUUGUAGUUUUAUUGGCCUUCAAGGCUGCAUUAUGAGAAUGCAACAGAAUCAAACAUACAGUUCUUGAAUGAUACCAUUUAUUACUCGUUUUCUCUAGAUGAUUACAGCACUGUAAAUACGUCAUACUAUACAGACAUGUCUGUGGACUUAACAGUCCAGGUAAUGUUCACACUGUUGCUGCGCUGGAGUGGCAGUCAGACUCCCACUGCUGUUUUGGCCCAUUAACUUCAACGCUCGAGUUGUACAGUAGACUAUAAUAAUAAAUCUUGAUACAUGAUCCCAUGUGGUAAAGCAGAAA